CAAAGGAGAGCCUGCGGAGAAAGAAGCAUUUCCCGGAGGAAGCAGUGGUUUUGUGCCAGCCUCUGCUGCAGGAAGGGAGGCCAUGCCAGGCACAGGCACAGGAGAUGAGGGUGCUGGGAAGGCUUCUCCAUCAGCUUGGAUGAAGAAAGUUUUGAAGCCUUUGGAGCCUCCUGCAGAUGUGUCUACAGGGAGGACUUCUCCAGCUUCUCCAGCUCCUACCUUGGAUGCUAUACGCAAGCCCAGCUCCCAUCACAGGGGUACUCCAACAGGGAAAGUCCAAGAUACAACAGAUAAGAUGUCCCUGCAACCAUCCAAACAGAUUAGGCAAGAGCUGAAGGAACCCCUGCAGACAAGAGAAGAGAUGGACAUAGUGCUUCAGUGGAAGGUGGCAUUUCUUGAAGGAAGCACUCCAUCUUCGGUGCCAGCCCCUGCUGCAGGAAGGAAGGCAAUGCCAGACACGGGCACAGCCACAGCAGACUGGGAGGCUGGGAAGGAUUCUCCAUUACCGUGGCGCUCUGAUGUUGUGAAGCCCCCCGAGCAUUCUGCAGGCGUGUCUGCAGGGACGACAUCACCAACUCCUACCUUGGAUGCUGCACAAAAGGCCAGCUCCCAUGGCAGGGGUCUUCCAACAGGAGAGACCAAAGACAUGGCAGGCAAGAAAUUCCAGGACCCAUUAGAAAUCAUGUGGCAAAUGCUGAAGGAAUGUCUGCAGAGAAGACAAGAAAUCAAAGGAGAGCCUGUGCAGAUGGAAGCACUCCCCAGAGGAAGCAGUGGUUCCGUGCCAGCCUCGGCUGCAGGAAGGGAGGCCAUGCCAGGCACAGGCACAGGAGACUGGAGUCGUGACAUGGGUUUUCAGGAAGUCCUGAUGAAGGAUGGUUUGAAGUUCCUGGAGGAUGCUGGAGGCAAGUUUUCAUUCUGUCUUUCCUGAGUGAAUAAUCAGGAUCAAUGCAACCAAAGCUCAUUUAUAAACCAUUUCCCUUAACAUUAUGUAAGGGCUGAAGGAUUCUGAGAAUCUUUCCCUGCUCCCUUCUGCAUCCCUGAGGGAUCCCACAGGAUCACUGUCAGUGGGAGGAAGGAGCAUUUAGCUUUCAGUCCUCCUCCCGUGUGCUGUGCCAGUGUGUCCUUCUGUGUGCUCUGUGCAGUCACAGAGAAGAGCAGAGAGGGAAGGG